CUUUCUGCGGUCCUCCUCCUCUCCGCCAUGUCCGGUCGGAGCCCAGCAGCGGUUCAGUCCUCCAAACAGCCGACACCGAACCGAACCCUGCCGCCGAACUAAACGCCCAACACGGGAGGAACCAGCUGAGGAAAUAGGAGGCUUGUGCUUCAGUCUGUCACCUGUCUGGUUCACGGCGGAGCGAGGAGCCGCUCUAAAGCAUCCUGGUUAAGCUAACUGCUAGCUAGCAUGCUGCAGCCUCCUCACUCCUCACAACUCCUCUCGGAUUAAUUCACCUCGUCAUGACUGAGCUCAGAUGCCGCAUAUCGGAAACUCUGGAAGGAGAUAAUGAAGAAGAAGAAGAAGAAGAAGAAACUCAACAGUCUGAGCCGGAGCUGGACACCAAAGGUGUUGAGAAGCUGUCCAGCGGUGCAACAGAUGAAAACCUGCAGCAGAAGGAUGGAAGUGAAGUGAAAGGUGAUGAACCAGAGCAGGAAGAAGAAUCCAUCAAACCUGCUGUCAGAACACCCAGGAGCUCAUCUACAUCGGGUUUCCUGCAGCGUCUGGUGAGAGUUUUCUUUGGAUGUCUUGCAGCUGUGGCCUGCGGCAUGCUCUACGCCGUGUAUCUAUCUACGUAUCAUGACAGGAAGUUCUGGUUUUCGACUAAGCAGGAGCUGGAACGUGAAAUCACUUUCCAGGAAGGCAGUGGGCUCUAUUAUUACUACUAUAAACACAUGCUGGCAGCUCCCUCCUUUGAAAGAGGGUUUUAUGAGCUGACGAUAGACAACAAGACUGUUUCAGGUCAAACCAUCAACGCGGUCGAACGUUUGUCUCUUUAUCCAGAACUCAUCGCCAGCUUUGUGUACAGAGUGACAGGCAGCCAGGAUUUCGUGGAGCCCGUCUACUUCUACGUCGGGGCGGUGUUUGGCCUCCAGGCGGUCUACGUCACCGCCCUGUUUGUGUGCAGCUGGGUGAUGAGUGGAACCUGGGUGGCUGGCAUGUUGGCUGUGGCCUGGUACGUCAUCAACAGAUCCGACACAACCAAAGUGGAUCAUGCUCUUCCUCUGAGGGACAACUGGGCGCUGCCCUACUUCUCCUGUCAGGUCGCAGCUUUGACUGGGUUCCUGAGCAACAACAUCAGCUCUGCCACUGAGAUGUUCUGCUAUCUCACCAUGAGCGCCACCACCUUCACCUUCCUGCUGGUCUGGGAGCACAGCCACUACAUCCUCUUCAUCCAAGGCCUCUGUCUGUUUCUGCUCGACUCCUUUGACCUGGUGCCGCCACGGAAGAUGGCCGACAUCCACAAGGUUUACCUCAGCUCCUUGUUCCUGGCCUACCUGUUCCAGUUUCAGAACGCCACGCUGCUCAGCUCGCCGCUGCUCAGCCUCCUGAUUGGCUCAGUGCUCGCGAGGUACUUCCAGCAAAAGAUGAAGAUGGGGCCUCUGUUGGCCAGAGUGAUGAAGCUCUUCCUACACUUCCAUCUGGUCUUCACCACCGGCAUCACCUUCAGUUACUUAGUUAAGAAACUCAUUCCUGUGAGUGACAGCGACUUCAUAUUGAAGUUCCUUGAAGUUAAGUUUGGGCUCAACACAACAAUUGAUUUUGUCACCAACUUCCUGCUGUGCCAGGAGAGUCUUCAGACACCUGGUCAGGAUUUCUUUCUGCGACUGACGCAGGCCUCAGUCCUUCCUUUUUACCUGCUGGUGCUGAGCGUCUGUCUGCUGUCCACCCUGCAGACCAUCUACAGACGGCUCAGCGGUCAGCCAAUGAAAACUGACCACAGGCUGGAAGACGGACAAAUCGGAGAGCAGCCUGAGGUCAUCUAUCACGUCUUUCACACGUUGUUUUUCGGAGGUCUGGCUCUGCUGUUUGAAGGGAUGAAGUAUUUAUGGACGCCGUACGUCUGUAUGUUCACGGCGUUUGGUGUGUGUUGUCCAGGCCUCUGGAUGACAGUGUUUAAGUGGGUCAAACUGAAGUCCAUCCACCCUGUAGUGUUGUCUCUGAUUCUGAGCACGGCUGUUCCCACAAUCAUCGGCUUCAGUUUGUGGAGAGAGUAUUGCCCUCGAGUCUUAGCCGAGCUGUCUGAUCUGCCGGAGUUCUACGAUCCAGACACAGUGGAGCUGAUCAGCUGGAUCAGGUCUCAGGCUCCGGUGGCGGCUGUGUUCGCCGGCAGCCCUCAUCUGCUGGCAACAAUCAAGCUGUGUUCAGGUGCAGCUGUGACCAGUUUACCGCUUUACUCAGACGUCAACCUGCUGAAGAGGACCGAAGAUACCUACCAGGUUUACGCCAUGAGAUCUGCAGAGGACGUCUAUAAGCUUCUGACCUCCCAGAAAACCAACUACGUGAUCAUCGAAGAGUCGAUUUGUAACGAGCUCAGUUUCAACAAGGGCUGCAGGAUCAAAGACCUGCUGGACAUCUCCAACGGACACGUGGUCUACGAUAAAGGAGAGAUCUACUCGUUCUCCAAACACGGACGUUUUUGCCACGAGAUAAAGAUGAACUACUCUCCGUACACGAACUACUUCACCCGAGUCUUCUGGAAUCGCUCGUAUCACGUCUACAAAGUGAACUCGGUCAUCUCCUUCCAGUACUGACGGCAGAUGUGACUCCUCCAUCCGCAGUUGGACACACUGGGCUUCUGCAAACGUCUCGUCACUGUUACGUCCUGACGUGGAAGCUGUACGUUCAGCAGGGAUCAGCUGAGGACGCCGCACCGACCUCCACGUGUUGAAGCUGAAAUGCGCCAUAUUAAUCACUGUACUGUAGUUUUAUAAGCCAUGCGUUACUGUCAAUGUUACUGGGAGGCAUUUAAUGAAGGGGGAGGUGGAUGAGAGUCGUCUGUGGUCACUUUGUGCAGAAGCUGCUCAGAUUUAAACAAACAGCGGUUGUAUUUUCAGCCAUGUCAUCAAAAUCUCAACAAAUGUAAAUUGUCAUGAAAUUUACUACAAAUAGCACCUGAAUGAGUUCCAUUAUCUGCUCAUGUUUCCUCCAGAGUGGUUGACAUUUUUAUUAAAAUGUCUUUUUUUUUUUUAACCUUUAGUGCACAGUUACAGCAAAAACAAAUGGAAACUGUGGGUAGAGAGAUGAUCUGAACUGGCUGGGAAUUAAAACUUGUGAUAUCAGCCAUCAGAUCACCUCUUGGUGAAAUAUGACAACAAAUAUUGAACAGAUAGCCAUUAAAUUUUUGCACACACAUUUACACCGACCAGCCACAACAUUAAAACCACCGGCAUAACAUUUGUUCUUCGUGCAACCAAACAGUUCUGACAUGUUGGGGCGAAGAUACUGCAUCUCUGGUGGAGGCAUCAGGAAGCUAGCGCAUCUUUUGGGUCCUGUGGGUUGCAGCGUUUGGCUUUGGCAUUAAUGGAUUGGACCCAUUGAUGAUCUACUGUAUUAGGAUUUAGGGAGUUCAGUGCCUUGAGCUCUUGGUCGUGUUCCUCGAGCUGUUCUUGAGCGGUAUUUGAGGUUUUGGGCAUAUUGUCUUACUGGGGGUCUGUUGUUACCCAAAAGGAGUGUUCUCAGUCUGGAGCAGUGUUUUUCUAUGCUGCUGUUCAAAAGUUUGGGGUCAUCCAGACAAUUCCAUGUUUUCCAUGAAAACUCACACUUUUAUCAGUGUGCUAACAUAACUGCACAAGGGUUUUCUAAUCAUCAAUUAGCCUUUCAACACCAUUAGCUAACACAAUGUAGCAUUAGAACACAGGAGUGAUGGUUGCUGGAAAUGUUCCUCUGUACCCCUAUGGAGAUAUUCCAUUAAAAAUCAGCUGUUUCCAGCUACAAUAGUCAUUUACCACAUUAACAAUGUCUACACUGGAUUUAUGAGUCAUUUAAUGUUAUCUUCAUUGAAAAAACUGCUUUUCUUUCAAAAAUAAGGACAUUUCUAAGUGACCCCAAACUUUUGAAUAGUAAUCUAGGUGGUAAAUGUCAAAAUAGCUUCCAGAUAAAUACCAGGACCCAAGGUUUCCUAGCAAAACAUUGUAUUAAUACAAAAAAAAAUCAAUGUUGUUCACUUUAGUUUUUGAUGGUUUUAAUGUUGUGACUCAUCGGUGUUGAUCUGUUUCAAGAUAAAUUCUAAUCGCUGCAGUGAUGCCGUAGUAUUUUUUUAAGUUUAGUUUUAUUUUAUAUAAACAUCCCUUCAGCCUCAGCUGGACUGAAUGUUUUGUGCUAACUAGGAAAUGCCAACACACUAAAUUUGAGAUGGUAAAACAUGUCCAGGCUAAACUUUUGCAAGUUGUGAGGAUGUUAGCACGCUAAUGUUAGCAUUUAGCUCACAGUGCAGUGUCGUGGAGCCUCUAGCGUGGCUCUGGAAUAUUUAUGCAGUUAUCUCGACAUGACAGAUUAAAUUAUGACUUUAAUGGGUUAUUGUCAUUAUGGUCUGUUCCUGUUUUUACGCUCACUGGCCACAUUAUUUGGCUAUCUAAUAUAACCCAAUACAAACACAGUGCUAAAAGUUCUACUUUUUCGAAGCUUCAGCAUUUUUUGUUGACUUUGGCAAAAAGAUGAUAAACUUCAUGUUUCUUAUUAAGUAUGAAGUUGGUGGUGUGUUGUCCACCCCAUUAACAUACAUGAAGAGUAAAGUACACGUCCAACAACCAUGACAGAUUAAAAAGGUCAAAAACUGAAAAUGUAGAAGCUAAAAGUUGGAUUUAUGGCAGAGGUGUUGGCUCAUUCCAGAACUGGAGGACAUUUGGGCUUCAAAAUGUUUGAAAAAUGAACCUUUUCAGUUUUCUGCUCCAUAUUCAUCAAUAAUAGGUAAUAAACUGUCAAAGGCUU